AUGACACAAAUCACUAUGACAGAAGAUGCCUUCAUGCGAGAACUCGAAAAUUCCCCCAAGUUCAAACGCCUCGAGACAGUGACCAAGGAAGAGACCAUAGUCUGGAAGGAACAAAUCAGUGUGCAAGAUACAGUUCAAGAGCUCGUCAAUAUGACCUUGAGUACAUUGUCCGACCAUGGUCCAAACAAGUUGGUAAAAGAUCGGCUGCGAUAA